AAAAAGUGGGAUUUAAAGAAGUUUCUUACCAGAUAUCCAGCAGAAUCGUGCCGUGGAGUGUUGAGAGCAAGUGCACUUCUUUUAUCAGCCUUUUCUUGGAUUGCUUUAUUCCAUCACAGGCAGGAUCUCUGCAGCACUAUGGUGCUUACAUACGACGGAUGGGAAAAUAAAGGUUUGCAGGAUUUGUUUCUCCAACUUAUUAAAAUCGGUUACAGUCCACAUUUAUGCUUUUCCAACUUCGCAUAUGUCUGCAGCCUUUUUGAGACGGGAGAGGCACUUUUUAUGCAUUUCAUCUGUGGCAGAGCAAAGAACAGACUCAGAGGAUGAAAGACUCGGACCGAACCGGACUGCUCCCUUCUCUUAUUUUAACCAAACAGAAGAAUUCAAUUUGAAAAGACUGAUGUUUAAUACAAUGACGGCCUGGCAAAGGGCAAAAGGACAUUAGAAUGAAAGUUGUGAAGCGUCUCUCUCUCCUGCUGAGCUGCUGGACUCUCAUUUACCUGCAUCCCAUCCUCGGUUCACUCAGCCGGACCAGACCGAGCGAGCAUCAGCAACACCGGCUUGGAGAGGUGGCAAAGCGCGUGUUAGGCGGCGGGGAAGGAGGACAAAGCCACCGGGGGACCGCUGGAGGAACUGGUGGGUCAGCAGUUACAGCGGGAAGGCAAGUGGCGACCGCUCCUGGGACUGGGAAACCCUCACCGGUGAAUGCAGCGAGGAUUACGCGGAUCCGCGCAGGUCCUCCGUUAAUCAGGGGCGAAACGGCUGUUACUAAAACCAAACUUUCAGCCAAGGAAUCUGCGUCCGCAUCCUCGCCAUCGCGCAGCGGAACAGUGCUGUUGAGUCGUGAGCAGCAGCAACAACAACAACAACAACAACAACAACAACAAAAACAACAACAACAACAACAACAACAACAACAACAACAACAACGGGACAGAGCAAUCAGCUUAGGGCGCAAAGAGGCUGUGCGCUCCUGGGUGCCUGGCGGGAAUGCUCAAGUUAAGGCGCACGCUCCCGCAGCUUUUAGCGCGCAUGCAGCAGGAAAAGGAGUCGGAACGGCAGCUGCUGGAAGGAGUGCACUGCAAGGGAAACAAUUUGGGAAAGUUGCUCCAGGAGCGAGCGCAGUUUCUCCGGCACGCACGGGGCCGCCUCAGAGAGCAGUCGGUGCGCAAAAUCAGCAGAAGCAGCAGGCAGCAGGUCCAGUGGCGCAGCGGGGAGUCAGCUUCAAGUACCCAAAAGUACUCAACCGGGAAACGCAACACAAACAGCCGCUGGUUAUUCCUCACGACUACAUGCUGUCGUUGUACUGGUCUCUCUCCAGCGGGGACCUGAACAGUAGCGCGCUGCAUGAAGCGGGACUGGCUAACACCAUCACCAGCUUCGUGGACAAAGGACAAGACGAGCGUGGGCCCCAACUGAGACGGCAGAGGUAUCACUUCAAUGUCAGCUCUCUGGAACGAGACGGGCUCCUGGGGGCUGAAUUACGCAUCCUGAGGAAGCGCCUGUCUGACCCACGGAGAGCCUUCUUUGGAUCUGCAGCCGCUGACGGAGGAGGAGGGGGUGGAGGAGGCUCGUCCCCGUGCCUGAAGCUGUACACCUGCGCGUCAGGUAAACAACAGGUUUCUCUGCUCCAGACGAAAACCAUGGAGGAUCUGCUCGGUGGAGGCGGAUUUGGCAGCAAAUGGGAAGUGUUUGACAUAUGGAAAGUCUUUAAGGGCUUUAGAAACCAGCAGAACCAGCACUCUCAGCAGCUGUGCUUUGAACUCGAGGCUGCCGAGCACAGAGGUGGGCGCCUCAUGGACCUGCGCACUCUGGGGUUCGCUAGACCUGGAAGGACCAACAAGGAAAAAGCUUUCUUCUUGGCGUUUGGCAAAAGCAAGAAGCGUGACCUUUUCUACAACGAGAUUAAAGCGAGGUCAGGCCACGACAACAAAACCGUGUAUGAAUACCUGUUCACCCAGCGACGAAUGCGGCGAGCUCCUGCCUCAAGGGGGGCGAAAAAAAACCUGCAGCAGCCACUGCAGUCCCUCCCCCAACACCAGGUGAUAAAGAUGCCGACGAGGCCGCGGUGUAACCGCAGACGACUCCAUGUGAACUUUAAGGAGAUGGGCUGGGACGACUGGAUCAUCGCCCCACUGGAGUACGAGGCCUUUCACUGCGACGGCGCAUGUGACUUCCCCAUUCGCUCGCACCUGGAGCCAACCAACCACGCCAUCAUUCAGACCCUGAUGAACUCCAUGGACCCGGAGUCGACGCCGCCCACUUGCUGUGUGCCAACACGACUCAGUCCAAUUAGCAUACUCUACAUCGACUCAGCCAAUAACGUUGUCUACAAGCAGUAUGAGGACAUGGUGGUGGAGUCAUGUGGCUGUAGGUAGCAAAGCAAGCGAGAAGUGAGACAGAGAAAGAUGCAGUCCAUCAGACUUAUAACAGGAAGAUAAAAUCUGUGACAAGCAGGAUAUACUUUAAUGGACUAUGACUGGACUCACAGCUAUGUAGCAGACAUUGCUCUUCACACUCAAGUGGACUAUCAGACUGCAUACCAAAGACUGCUAGACUGUGGUCAGACUAAACAGAGAAACAUAAACUCCUGAGGUGAUGCUCUUUAACACCCACUCACUUAAACUUGUGUGAAAUGUUGCUGUGAGUGGUGAUGAGCAAGACCCGUCUGAGAGCAGCCGAAAACGUCCACAUAUCAGAGAGACUUCCUGACUAAAGACAAUUGAUCUGAUGGACUGAUUUUUACUCCUGUUGUUGUCUAUCUUCAGAUUUGUACCUGAUGUAUGUCCUGAUUGUUGUAAAAACUUUGCGUGUAUUAUAAAAUCUAUUGAAGCAGUAGUGAUUAUACUCCAAAAUGCCCUUUUUCCAGCACUUAUCUGCCGUUGUGCCUUCGCCUGCUAAGAUGUAAGAUGAAGAGUAAUUUGUUGGCCGUAUGUGAGACUUUUUUAUGAAGCAUGUAAAGAAUUUCUGAUGUAUAAAUAAAAGGCCAGUGAUGAAGAGCUAAUCCGACUGGCUCCAAAUGUGGGAAAGUUGCAUAAACUGAUAUUCAAUAAAAAAUGUCUGGUUGACUGAGCUCCAAA